ACUUUCGAUUUUAACAAAAAGCUUGGCUGUUGAGUGAGUGUUUGGGUGCUCUGCUUAUAUAAUGUUAUGCUAAAUAAUUACUUACAGCAUUUGAUGUUUUUAUUUAGUCAUUUAUGUUUGUUCUAAAAUUGUUAAUCGUGUUGAAAUAUUUUGUUGUUGUUUUCUAACUUUUUAAACUAUAAAAAAAAAAAAAAAACACGCACAAGAAAGCAAAUGAUGUAUUGCUGGGAAAAAUGCAAGAUAGGCAGGCAACUGAAAGAUGGGGCUGCAGUUUGAGCCAGAAAAUGAACUAAUGAUUAAAUUCUGUCAGAAACGUACACACAGUACAUGCAUACUUGGAUUUAUGAUGGUUAAAUCAAUUAUAAGAAUUAUUAGCACUGUGAAAUUAUCUCGUUUUUUGUUCAUUUCAGGAACGUGAAGGCAAUGUGAUACAAUCCAUUGACUGUGGUCAAUAAACGCAUCACAAUGUCGCAGGCAAGAAGCCUGCCACAAAGCAAAGAGGCACUUCUGAAGUCCUACAACAAAAAGCUGAAAGAUGACAUCCAGUCAAUGCUGGUCAAUUUUGAGGAGAUUAUCAAAUUAGCAAGAAUGGAUGAAGAUUCUCAGAUUUCUAAGUACACUCAAACAGAGGAGGAUCAAUAUGAAAUGCAGGUCCGCUCAGCCAACAUAGUUAGAGCUGGAGAAUCGCUGAUGAAAUCUGUGUCGGAUUUGAAACAGUUCAUGAUUCUGAAUGACUUCCCAUCCGUGAACGAUUCAAUCACAAGAAACACCAAGAACUGCAAGGCCCUGCAGCAAGAUAUGGACAACAAACUCACCACCCUGAGGGAUGAGAUGGCCAUGGACCUGUUCGAGUUGGAAGAUGAGUACUACUCAUCAGCCUUCAAGUGAACACAGAUUAUAACACUGGUCUCUUAGCUUACAUUAGCUAGUCUAAUCAAAUUUGUUCAUCAUCUGUGUGUUUGUCUGUCUGUAAGCUGUUCAACUUCUCAUCUGGAAUUGCAUUGCCAUUUUGUACCAACCUUGCACCAGUAUGUGAACAUAGAAGAAAAUUCAAAUUCUUAUAUCAAAUAACAAUAUUAGGAUGGAGUUCUUUGAGAGUUUUUUCCCACCACUGUGAAAGAGUGACACAUGCAAUGUAGAUUCAGAUUUGUUCAAAUCAUGAAACACCAAAUUUCAGGGCCAAAAAAAUGUCUUUUGAAGUUUACUCAAUUAUAGUAAAACACAGAGCAAACCAGUGAAAAACAGUUCAUUAUAACCUAAUUUUGUUAUAUCCAAUAACAUUUUCCUUAUUCUUCAAUCGUAGAAUAAAUAUUGCUUCACAAUAAGUGUGAAUUCAUUAUAAACAUGUUCAUUAUAAGUGCGUUUUACUGGAGUAAGAAAUAUUCUGAAGAGUAAGAUAAGUACAAGUCUUAUGCGUAGCAGCAGCUAGACAGGAACCUGUGCAGUAUUCGUGACCUCUAAGCUAGGGUCAGGAGGAGACUUGAGUGGAGUUCAGAUUUUAAUUUAAGGAAAAUGUCAUCUUUGCUUGCCAAGGGUUUCUGAUACAUGUAGCUAGCAGAAACCUUUGGCUAGUGAAGAUGAUAGAACAUCUAAAGGAUUGAAUAAAGGCACAGUGUCGUCAUCAAAGCAGUAACCCUUCGUAUGAUACAAACGUGGCUACAGGGAAAGGGAGAAUGUUUAUUUUCAAGUUAGAGCAAUUUUACUCAGGUGAGCAUAAAGGUUCGUGGGUCUCUUGAAAUACGUUUGUGUGUUACAAUUACCAGCAGAUUAUUAUAUUAAAAAUGUAAAUGAAUUAGACUUUGUGUUUAAAAGCUGGUAUAAAAUCGAUUUUGUAAAAUUUUGAAGUAAAUGUUAUAAUUCUGGA